AUGGGGUAUGGUCUGAUAAUGCCUAGUGUUCAGGAGAUACAAAUUUCUUUUACUAUCAAGUUGAAACCAAUUUCCAAUACGCAGAUUGGCGAAGAAAUCUUCGAGAAAGGAAAGAUUCUUGAGAUCUCCCAGCAGCAGAUUCUCGAAUUGAUGGAAAAUAGCAAUAAGUCUGAUGCAAAGUUGAAAGGCAAAAAGAAAUACGGCAUGGCUUUUCAAUUAGACGAACAAAUAGAAGUGGAGCUUGUACGGAAUGUCGUCGAAGUUUAUGCCGUCCAAGUGUUCAAAGGCGAUGCUGCGUAUGAAGAAUUUAUGGGCGCGAUUGUAGAUCAACUUCUCACUGUACAGGACGAAGAUGCCGCGCUUCGAGACGGAAAAUUGACAUCUUUAAGAGUCAAAAAGCGAAUGGAAACAAUUACGAAUCUUCAGGCGGAACAAUUGAAUACUCAGCAAGAGUCGAGAAGGGAAAUAGCAAAGGCACGGGCGGAGAAGAGUGAUGAGAAGGUUAAAGAUCUCUUGGAAGAGGCGGAUAAGAAAAAAAAGGAAAAGGAAAAUGCGGAGAAGAAAUUCUGGGAAGACAAGUAG